AUAGUUUUACUGCUAUUUAUUGUACACUUUGUAUACACAGUAUUUUGAUUGCAUUAUUAGUAAUCACACGUGUGUUUUGUCCAUUCAUUAUAAUUACAUUAUUAUCGGUGACCAACAAUAACAACACACACACACCCGUCGGGUAACUACAACAACAAUAAGGAUAAUAAUUCAACCAAAUUAUCCGAUUCAAAGUUUCCGAGACAUUUGUGACCGAUUAUCAGUGUUUGCCGACAUCGACAACAACGCGCGCCGUGUGUUUGAUCAGCGAUGGCCGGCGUACUGUUUGAGGACAUAUUUGACGUGAAGGACAUCGACCCGGAGGGCAAAAAGUUUGACCGCGUGUCCAGAUUGCACUGCGAAAGCGAGUCAUUCAAGAUGGACCUCAUACUGGACGUCAACAAUCAGAUAUAUCCCGUCGAUUUGGGCGACAAAUUUCGGUUGGUAGUGGCCAGCACACUCAGAGAGGACGGCUAUCCUGAUGACGGCGAAUGGUUGGCCACUGAACAGUCGGCGACCACAUCCAGAGCCGAUAACUUUGAGUACGUAAUGUACGGUAAGAUAUAUCGUAUCGAAGGCGACGAUGGUUUCAAUGAUGCCACCCGUUUGGCCGCUUAUGUAUCGUUUGGCGGUCUACUCAUGCGAUUACAGGGAGACCCGAAUAAUUUGCACGGAUUUGAAACCGACAAACACGUGUACCUAUUGAUGAAAAAGUUGGCCUUUUGAGUGGCCAGUCUAUCGUCGGGUACUGUCGACACAACCUAUAAUCAUAUUCACUAUUAUUAUAAUUAUUAUAUUUUGUAAUAAA